AUGUCGGUCACGUUACAGACAACGUUGGGUGAUAUCAAAAUUGAAUUGUACUGCGACUUAUGUCCUAAAACGUGUGAAAACUUUUUGGCAUUGUGUGCUAGUGGUUACUACAAUAAUUGUAUUUUUCAUCGUAAUAUAAAGGAUUUUAUGGUACAAACUGGUGAUCCAACUGGUACUGGAAAAGGUGGUAAUAGUAUUUGGGGUUCACCAGUAGAAGACGAAUUGCAUCUAACUCUAAAACACGACACCAGAGGUGUUGUGUCUAUGGCUGGAAACGGACCUAAUACUAGUCGAUCACAAUUCUUUAUUACUUACGCUAAACAUCCAACAUUAGAUCUGAAGUAUACAGUGUUCGGACGGAAUCAAAAAUGUGCUUUUUCUAAUAAACCCAUGUUACUCCAAGAUAGUAAAAUAAACGAUAAAAUUAGUGAGGAUAGUAAAAAACAUGCAGUUGAGACAGAGGCAUGUUUGGAAAGGCUGCGAGAAAUGCAAAAGUAUUUUGAGCAGUAUGCAGAAGAAUAUGUUGAAGAGGAAGCUGAAGCAGAAUAUACGGCUGAUGUCCCGAGCAAAACCGAUCGUUUGCGAGAACGUCUUCAACCACUGCUGAACUUAGGACAAGAUUCCUUGACAAGCAGAUUCAGUGCUAGCGAAAUUGUAAAUAUCUUACGCGCGGAACGCGCAGAAGACAUUGUUUGCAUUAGAGUGCCUAUUCAUGACGCUGCUGAUAAAUAUGUUAUCAUAUGUACACCGCAUAAUAUGCGUCACGCCGAUGCUAUAGUGCUUACUUUACGAAAAUGUUUCAAGUUGAAAACUAAUAGUUCUGAGGUACAGCCACCGAGAAAAGCGAAAGUCGGUCAUUGGUUAUGUUACAUUCUGGAAGACAUUUCGCUCCAUAUAAUGUCUCAUGAAGCGCGAUUAAAAUAUGAUCUUGAAUCCCUUUGGGGUAUUGGAUGGGAAGAAAGUUUAGAUGACGAUGUUGAUUUAAAUAUUCCUAUGCCCAGUACAAGUUAA